AUGGAGACGGCCCAGUCGCACCCGUACACCUGCCUCUCGUGCCAGCUCGCCUUCCCCGACGCACACUCGCAGCGCAACCACUACCAGCAGGAGCUCCACCGCUACAACGCCCGUCGCCGCGUCGCCGGCCUCGCCCCGCUCACCCAGGAGCUCUUUGACGACAAGGUCAAGGAGCGCUCCACCCAGCUCCCCGGCGGCGCCAACAACUCCGACAAGGACCACGACCACGCCAAGAAGCUCGCUUGCAAGGCCUGCAACAAGACGUUCGCGUCCCAGGCCACCCACGACGCUCACGUCAAGACCAAGAAGCACCAGGACGCCGACGCCUCGAUGGCCUCGCCCGUCCCGUCGACCUCGACCGCGCCGCCGCCCGCACCCGCACCCGCACCUGUCGCCGACGAGGCCACGUUCGAGUCGUCGGGCGACGCCGCCCUCGACCGCCUCGUCGCCAAGCGCCUCCAGUACGCGCCCCCGAUCGCGCCCUCGUCGUGCCUGUUCUGCCCGCACUCGUCCGACUCGGUCCAGGCCAACGUCGGCCACAUGCGCGCCGCGCACUCGUUCGUCCUCCCCGAGGAGGAGUACCUCGUCGACGUCGAGGGCCUCUUGCGCCGCCUCGGCGAGGAGGUCGGCACCUGGAACGUGUGCGUCUGCUGCGGCAAGGGCUACGGCGGCAACAUCGACCUCAACAAGGAGUCGGACCUCGCCCAGGACGAGCUCAAGCGGCGCGCGAGCAAGGGCAUCGAGGCCGUUCGGGCCCACAUGCAGUCCAAGUCGCACUGCCGCCUGCGCUACGACACCGAGGAAGAGCAGCUCAACAUCGCCGACUUUUACGACUUCCGCCCUCGGGGCGAGGGCGACGACGUCGAGGUCGUGUACGACGACGGGUCCGACUCGGACGACCUCGUCACCGACUCGGACGACGACGACGACGACCUCCCGUCGGGCACCAACGUGACGUACGGCGACACCGAGUACGAGCUCGUCCUGCCCUCGGGCGCCCGCGUCGGCCACCGCGCGCACCGCACCCUGUACAAGCAGAACCUGCUGCCGUACGUCGACGGCACGCCCCAGGCGCUCCUGUCGCUCGUGCCCGCCAUGAAGAAGGACCGCACGCACGCGCGCCCGCUCUUCUCGGCCGCGCUCGUGCCGGCAAAGGGCGCCGGCUUCGGCAAGGGCAACGGCAACUCGGGCGAGGUCAUCAAGGCGCGCAACAAGGGCGAGGCCAAGGAGGCGAGCAAGGCGACGAGGCACUUCCACGAGCACAAGCGCUUCCAGGAUCAGGCCUUGAUCCGGGGCCUGCGUGGGAACAGCCAGAAAUACUACCGCGACCCGCUCCUCCAGUAGACGCCCUCGCCGCCAUCGUCGCUCUUGUUGUCGUCCUUGGCGUCGCCUGUACCUUCUCUCCCCCUCUGUAACGAUCUGUCUCUCCCUCA